AUGGAUAGACGGACCGAACUGCCAGUACGCGUUGAAACAUACCGUAAUGAAGAAGAUUUGAAGGAUGUGAUUCGGCUUAUUGAAAAAGAACUCAGUGAGCCAUACCAUAUUUAUACGUAUCGCUAUUUUCUGAAUGCAUGGCCCGAAUUAAGUUUUCUUGCUUGGGCCGGCUCCGAGGCGGUGGGCGUGAUUGUGUGCAAAUUGGACCAGCAUAUGCGUGGCUCACGUUUAAUGCGUGGCUAUAUAGCUAUGCUUAGUGUCGAUCCACGCUGGCGCGGAUUGGGAAUAGCCAAGCGACUCGUAAAAGCGGCAGUCGAAAAGAUGCGCGAGAAAGGAGCCGAUGAAGUCAUGUUAGAAACUGAAGUGACAAACACAGCUGCAGUGCGACUGUACGAAAAUCGUGGUUUCUUCAGAGAGAAACGCCUCUACCGAUUCUAUCUGAAUGGCAAUGAUGCAUUUCGGCUGAUUCUACCCCUCAUACCCAUUUCUCCACCAACAUUCAAAUCUACGAGUUCGCAACAGCUCCUGACUCUCGAUACCCAGCCGCUUUCUUCAGUAGCCGCACCUCCGCCCCUUCCUCCGCGCCCGCCGAGCCUAUUGGACCGUUCGAUUCUGGAUCAUAUACUCUAG